UACUGUAGCGCAUUUCAAAUUUUUCUAAGCCCUUUACAACUCAAUUCUUUGCAGCUCGCGCUUCAAUUGGCCGCAGAAUUGCGUGCGUGUGUAUGUGUGUGUACUUGUGUUUGCGCUGCGCAGCUCUUCUUCUAUCCACAACUAUUUCGCGCUGUUGCUGCCUUAAAUUGAUUUCAAUAAAGAAUUUGUUGACUUGAACGUUUGCUCCAGCAAACAUUCGCCACUUGACUUGGGCCACACGCGCCAUCUCGCUCGCGCACUCAAACAACGUGUGCAUGUGUGUGAGUGUUUGUUUGUUUAUGUGUGUGUGUGUGUGUUUGUAUGUGUGUCUGGCCACGCGACCUUGAUGCUGUACAUUAACCCAUUAAGUUUUGUCGUGGUCCACAAUGCACGCAGCUUAUGUAGCAGGCGACAGCCAGCUGAAGGAGGUGGAGAAGCACGAAGAGAAGAAGGAGAGCAAGAAGAAGCAACAGCUUGGACAGGCGAGAUCAGCUUACGGCGAGAGAGUGAACAUAGAGCGAAGUGUGUGAGAGAGACAGGGAGAGUGGCUUGCAAUGCUUGUGUAGUAGGCGACAGCCAGUAGGAGGAGGAAGCAGUGUAAAGUAGAGAGAGAGAGAGAGAGAGAGAGAGAGAUAAAGAGAGGGACAGAGAGUGAGGCAGCAUCAAUUGCAGCAGCCGCUGUAACAGAGCUGAGAAAAAGUGGGCGCGUUUCAACUAUUGAUUAAACACACAGCCAGGUGAAGCGUGGCGGGGUGGUUGGGCUGGCAACACACGUUUGAUUACCGCGUGUAAACAGCAACAACAACCACAACAACAACGUCAGCAACAACAAUAGCAACAAUAACAAUACAAGUUGCAAGGACUCGCCCUGCAUUGUGCAACAUUUGUGUGGCGCCAGCGUUUGAGGCAGCCAGCAGGUCACAUGUCGGCGAAGCGCACGGAACACGCUAUGGAGGAGGAGGCAAGUGCCACGCCUACGUGCCAGAAGCAUAGAGCGCCAGUUAAACCGCUGCGUGCCAAAAAGAAGCCAACGACCACGCCCACCAGCCUGUUGUGUGAGCUGAUGCGUCUGAAGGCGCAGCAAAAGUAUCUCGAAUGCAAUCAAGUCAAGCUGAAUGCCAACAAUUUUCUCGAUGACAACGACCCUGAGACGAAUGAGGCGAACGACGAGAACGACCACGACGACCAGGAGGUGGGUGUCGCCGCCAAGGGUAAUGGCGGCAAGGAUAAAAAGUCUGGCAGUCGCCGGCCUUCGAGCGGCAAUAAAGUCGCUGGCCUCAUCAAUGACAUUGAUCGACUCAAGCUGGAUAUGGAUGAGAAGCUGCGCAAGCAUCAUGCCGAGAAACGUGGCCAACUGCAGGAGAUGUGGCAUUACAUGAACACACUGAAGGAGGAUGUCUUCCAGCCGGAGCGGCUCAGCCUGUAUACGGUGAAUGUGGUGCGAGAGCGCAUCGUGGCGCUCAAUAGCCAGCUGGAGCGAUUGAGUGCCCAGAAUGCCAAAGAGCUGGAGAUGCUGCGGGAGGAGUACGCGAAAAUGGAGCGGGAGAACGAUUUCGUGUGGAAGGGCAGCAUUUGAGAAAUGAUGAGAAUAACUUUUAUAUAUUCAUACACAAUAC